GUCUCCGCUCUCCCCCCGUGAUCGCCGCGGCGCUCUCAGUCUCAUCUCCUUCGCCGUUUGAACAAUCGAGAGCUCGCCAUUUCUUCGAUCUCCUCUCCUCUUCUCCUCCACCUCCUCCUCGUGGCUUCGCAUCGCGUGGAGCUCGUAGUGUGCUAGAUCUAGGAGGAGGCGGCGAUGAGGGCGCGGAGGGUUGUCGCGGCGGCGGCGGUGCUGCUGCUGUUCGCCGUUGUGGCGGUGGCGCGGCUCGACCUGGACGACGACGGGGACGACUCGGAGGUGCUGGACGAGCUGCUCGCGGUGGACGAGGAGGAGGAGAGAGGGGAGCUCGGUGGAGGAGGGGAGGCGGCGGCGGCGGAGGCGGUGCGGCGGGCGCAGUCGAUGGUGCUGGUGCUCGACAACGACAACGCGCGGCGCGCCGUGGAGGAGAACGCGGAGGUGCUCCUGCUGGGCUACGCGCCGUGGUGCGAGCGCAGCGCGCAGCUCAUGCCGCGGUUCGCCGAGGCCGCCGCGGCGCUGCGCGCCAUGGGGAGCGCCGUCGCGUUCGCCAAGCUCGACGGGGAGAGGUACCCCAAGGCCGCCUCCGCCGUCGGGGUCAAGGGGUUCCCCACCGUCCUCCUCUUCGUCAACGGCACCGAGCACCAAUUCACUGGCCUCCACACCAAGGACGCGAUAGUUACUUGGGUAAGAAAGAAGACUGGUGCACCAGCUAGUAGGAUUCAGUCAAAGGAUUCCGCUGAGGAAUUUCUGAAAAAGGAUCAAACUUUUGCUGUUGGUCUUUUCAAAAAUUUUGAGGGAGCAGAAUAUGAAGAAUUCGUGAAAGCAGCAACCUCAGAAAAUGAAGUGCAAUUUGUCGAAACCAAUGAUAGGAAUGUGGCCAAAAUUCUUUUUCCUGGUAUUGCAUCUGAAGAGCAAUUCCUGGGCCUUGUGAAAAGCGAGCCAGAAAAGUUUGAGAAGUUCAACGGGGCAUUUGAAGAAAAGGAGAUAAUUCAAUUUGUGGAGCUUAACAAGUUCCCACUUAUUACUGUAUUCACUGAUCUCAACUCUGGUAAAGUUUAUGGGAGCCCUAUUAAGCUACAGGUCUUCACCUUUGCAGAGGCUUAUGAUUUCGAAGAUCUUGAAUCUAUGAUCCAAGAGGUUGCCAGAGGAUUCAAAACAAAGAUAAUGCUUAUAUAUGUGGAUACUGCUGAAGAAAAGCUUGCUAAACCAUUCCUGACUCUCUAUGGACUCGAACCAGAAAAACCUACUGUGACAGCAUUUGAUACCAGCAAAGGUACCAAAUAUCUGAUGGAGGCAGAAAUUAACGCGAAGAACCUACAGGACUUCUGCUUAAGCCUUCUGGAGGGUACACUUCCGCCAUACUUCCGAUCAGAACCAGUACCAGAAGAAAAGGGACCUAUUGAAAAGGUUGUUGGCCGUACAUUUGAUUCUUCAGUUCUAGAAAGUCCUCAAAAUGUGUUCCUUGAGGUUCAUGCACCUUGGUGUGUUGACUGUGAGGCCAUAAGUAAAAACGUGGAGAAGUUGGCCAAACAUUUCAAUGAUUUGGGCCAGACUAAUCUUAAAUUUGCACGCAUAGAUGCUUCUGUGAAUGAACAUCCCAAAUUGCAGAUAAACAACUACCCUACACUGUUGCUAUAUCCUGCCCAAGACAAAAGCAACCCGAUAAAACUUUCAAAGAAAUCAAAUCUGAAGGACAUGGCAAAAUUCGUCAAGGAGAAGCUGCAAAUUGCGGAUGUCGAAACAGUAGCCGCUGGUGACAUUGUCAAGGAUGAGCUAUAGUAGAUUUCUCACAGCUUUCGGGCAUGCUUUGUGCAGUGAAUGAAAGUAACAGCAUGCUUGCAUUUUGCUGGAAUGCUUUCACACCAUGCUUGUCUUGGGUUGCAAUGUACCAUUUGAGAUAAGGAAAUAGAAUAGGAAAUGAUCAAACGGGUAUUUAAGUUGAACUAUAUGACCUUCCAGAUUUACUUACCGUCGCAGCAUCAGCUGUUCCUUUUAAAGAUGUGAUUUACUAUACAUGUUAUUAGUUGUUGAUAACAAGCUACAUUUGUUUGUUUGUUGAGCUGUGACUUGUAGCAUUGUUCUGUAACAUAAAACUACAAAUUCUGUCCAAUUUUGUAUCCUCCUUUCUAGUCCUUUAUUUUGAAAA